UUUGCCGUUGUGUUUUGCGGUUUCCUCACAGAGUCAAAACCAUUUUCAAAUAGAACUUUUUCUCCAGAUCUCUGUUUACGUUCUGUUUUGCUGAAAAUAUGACAUGUGUACAACAAAUAAGGACAUCUAAGAACACUCACUUGAUGCCCAAUCAGGUUGUGUCCGAGCAGCAGUCUAUCACUGUCAUCAAAAAUCUUUUGGCCAUAGGCGUGUCGGGCAUCAUGUACCUCCGAGGACUUUUCCCUGAGGGAGCCUACGGGAUCAAAUAUUUUGAAGAUCAGAGAGUGAUGAUCCUCAGAGAGGAACGGAGUUGUCCCGGCGCCUGUCAGCUUGUCAAAUGGAUUAUGGGAUGCUUUGAUGCCAUUCAGAUGAAAUAUCUGCAGACCGUCAUUAUCACAGUUUCGUCAGAGCCCGACAACCCUCAGAACGUGACCGAGUUUUAUCAAUUCAGGAUUCAGUACAACACAGAAGGGGCUCAGUUGGACUUUGCCAGCAAUGAAAACAAGGAUCUUGCCGUGUCUUUUGGCAACACAAAGAAGGCCAGCAUGCUGCUGGUGAGGAAGCUCUACCUGCUUCUGCAGAACCUCGGCCCUCUGCCCAACAAAGCUUUCCUGAAUAUGACGCUGACCUACUAUGAUGAUGUUACGCCGCAGGACUACCAGCCACCGGGCUUCAAGGAUGCCGAUGACAACAUGCUGGUGUUUGAGCGGGAGCCGGUGAGUCUGACGAUGGGCGAGGUGGCCACGCCCUUCCACUCGCUCAAGUUGGACAUGGUCACCGAGAGACACAGGCUGGAGCCGGUGGAGGAGAGCACAAGAAAGAGAAACAGAUGGUGCCUUCGGCUAAAACGUGACGGGAGCCUGUCACAGGAGUCUCUCAGUGAACAUGUGGACAACACGCCCCGAAACGACAAAAUAGACCAUGAAGCACAAGAGAUUGAGCUGACCUGCCAUGAGAACACUUGUGAGGUUGAAAGGAUGGAGACUGUUGUGCUGAAGAGAACAUCUGACAUGGAGACGUCCACAAUGACCACCAGGAGCGGACGCGUCAUUCAACACACCAUGCAACAGAGAAAGGCAACGAUGAGCACAAGGAAGCAAGCACCUGUCAAGAAAAAUAUGGUUCGCCAGUACAACAUCCCCAACAGUCAGGAGGUACCUCUGAAGAAACGCAAGUUCAGCGAGUCCAAAAAGAACGUGUAAGCUCGUCUCUUUUUUUCCCACAUUUACUCACCUGUGAGGUAUUUUAAAAUACCGCACGUGAACUUUGUCGCGUUAGCAGUUGGAAGAGUUUUCUUUUCUUUUGGUUGUUGUAUUUGUGAGGUUCUCACU